GAUGAGCGGAUCAGGCAGCGACCGGGCGCUGUGCAGGGGGUGCGGGCGCGCGCGCGCCUGAGGAAAGGAGCUGUCGGUGCCGCGCGCGGCAGGCGGAGCCCGGCUAGGGGAGGGGUCCCGCCACAGCCCCCUUCUCCGAAUCCGCACAGCCUGGGCCGCUGCCCCUGUGCCAUUCCUCCCGCUGGACCGGGCUGCGGGCAGAGGAUCUCAAGUAGCAGGAUGGAAGAACUCUGACUGACGGAGAGACAGACAACACACUCUUUCAGCAUGGAGACUGUUCCGGUUGAUGGGGAACUUGAUAGAAAUUCACAUCAUGGUGAUAACAGAGACUCUCAUGGACCAUCAACAGUGGUAACAAACAGCGAUGAGUCACAGCUUUUAACUCCAGGAAAAAUGAGCCAGCGCCAGGGGAAAGAAGCCUAUUUUACUCCAACCAAAGAGUCACUACAACCAUCUCUCAGCCCAGGAACUACCCACAGCCAUGGUUUUGACAAAGGGAAGGAUGAGGCAUCACAAAGUAAAGAGGAUACAACCCAUUCUAUGUCGAAAAGCAAGUCUGAAUCUAAGCUUUUCAAUGGCUCUGAGAAGGACAUUUCUUUAUCUUCAAGCAAACUUACAAAAAAAGAAUCUCUCAAGGUUCAAAAGAAAAAUUACAGAGAAGAAAAGAAGAGAGCUACGAAAGAAUUACUUAGCACUAUCACAGACCCAUCAGUUAUUGUUAUGGCCGACUGGUUGAAGAUUCGUGGUACAUUGAAAAGCUGGACCAAACUGUGGUGUGUACUGAAACCAGGAGUGUUGCUUAUUUACAAAACCCCCAAAAACGGCCAGUGGGUGGGAACUGUGCUCCUGAACGCUUGUGAACUCAUCGAGAGGCCUUCCAAAAAAGAUGGCUUUUGUUUCAAACUCUUCCAUCCUUUGGAGCAGUCCAUAUGGGCUAUAAAGGGUCCCAAAGGUGAAGCAGUUGGUUCUAUAACUCAGCCAUUGCCAAGCAGUUAUUUGAUCAUCCGAGCCGCUUCAGAAUCAGAUGGCAGGUGUUGGAUGGAUGCUUUGGAACUGGCACUGAAAUGUUCAAGUCUGCUUAAACGUACAAUGAUUAGAGAAGGUAAAGACCACGAUUUGAACUCUUCAGGAGACAGUACUCAUGUCUCCUUCUAUGGUCUGCUUCGUGCUAACAACUUGCACAGUGGAGAAAACUUGCCGUUAAAUGACAGUGAAAUUGAAAGGCAUCACUUCAAAGAUCAAGAUAUGUACUCUGACAAAUCUGAUAAGGAGAAUGACCAUGACCAUGAGGAAUCCGAUAAUGAUGGGUUAGGGAAAAGCGAAGAAAGCGACAGUGACACUUCAGAGCGACAGGAUGAUUCUUUUGUCGAUCCAGAACCGAUAGAUAUCAAGGAAACUACUUAUUUAGAACAGAGUCCAGAAGAACUUGGGGAGGCAGGGGAGGCUGCUCAGACAGAAGUAGUGUCAGAAGAAAACAAAAGCCUGAUCUGGACACUACUGAAGCAAGUGCGGCCAGGAAUGGACUUGUCCAAGGUUGUACUGCCUACGUUUAUCUUGGAACCUCGUUCUUUCCUGGACAAGCUGUCUGAUUACUACUACCAUGCAGACUUUUUGUCUGAAGCCGCCCUUGAAGAAAAUGCUUACAAUCGCAUGAAAAAAGUAGUGAAGUGGUAUUUGUCAGGAUUCUACAAAAAGCCAAAGGGACUGAAAAAGCCGUACAAUCCUAUACUUGGUGAGACUUUUCGCUGCAUGUGGGUUCAUCCAAGGACAAAUAGCAAGACUUUUUACAUUGCAGAACAGGUAUCACAUCAUCCUCCGAUAUCCGCCUUUUAUGUUAGCAACCGCAAGGAUGGUUUUUGCCUUAGUGGUAGCAUUCUGGCCAAAUCAAAAUUCUAUGGGAAUUCAUUGUCUGCCAUAUUAGAUGGAGAAGGACGGCUGACAUUCCUAAAUAGGGGAGAAGAUUAUGUCAUGACGAUGCCAUAUGCUCAUUGCAAAGGAAUUCUUUAUGGCACAAUGACCUUAGAGCUUGGGGGAACAGUCAAUAUCACUUGUGAGAAAACUGGCUACAGUGCAACAAUUGAAUUCAAACUCAAGCCUUUUUUGGGUAACAAUGACAGUGUUAACCAAAUAUCAGGGAAAAUUAAGCUUGGCAAAGAAGUUCUUGCUAUUUUGGAGGGUCACUGGGACAGUGAAGUUACUAUUAGUGACAAGAAGACAGAUGUUUCGGAGAUAUUCUGGAACCCAACAUCUGAUAUCAAGCAGCGAAGAUUACCUAGAUACACAGUGAAGUUUGAAGAGCAGGGUGACUUUGAAUCAGAGAAGCUUUGGCAACAAGUGACGAGAGCAAUAAAUAAUAAAGACCAAACAGAAGCUACUCAAGAAAAAUAUGUUCUGGAAGAAGCUCAGAGAAAGAGUGCCAAAGAAAGGAAACUCAAGGGUGAAGAGUGGACUUGCAAGCUGUUCGAUCAGGAUUCCGUCACAGGAGAAUGGCACUACAAAUAUGCCGAUACCAGACCAUGGGACCCUUUGAAUGACAUGAUCCAAUUUGAAAAAGAUGGCACCAUCCAAACAAAAGUUCGACAUCGGACACCCAUGGUUAGUGUUCCAAAAAUCAAACGCAAGCCAGCCAAUCAGAAGAAAGGAGAGUGUGGUUUCUCAUCCCCGGAGCCUGAUAACCAGGAUUCUUCUGGGAGCGAAGCGCAACUUCUGAAGCCUAAUACAAGAAUAAGGAAAAAGGGGGCAGACCUUGGUGAACUUCAGAGUGCCAUUGAAUCUAUAAAGGAAACACAAGAAGACAUUAAGAGGGACAUUAUGGCUCUGCGAAAUAGAGUCACUUCUAAUUCACCACCUGCGGACUACCAUUUCUUGCAGUUUAAGCACUAUGUCUUCAUUUCACUUGUGGUUCUGCUACAGCUUAUCGUUAAUUUCUUGUUCAAAUAGGAAGUGUGAGCAAGGGUCUUUCUGAACUGGAAUGAUUGAACUGUUUCCAGGGACCAUAUUUUAAGUGGGACUUUAAAUGAUGCAAUAUUAUCUUUAAGAGCCCUGUAGCAACAACUUACAGAACUUUGCCUUGGCAUCCAUGGUUCAGAAUCAUACUCCUGUCUACCCAGUUGAAGUAAGAAUUGUGUAAGUGCCAGUACACUCUUGCUCCUGGUGUGUGCCUCUGUCUUGCAGACAUACAACAUCAGCCUUGUGUUUUAUAUUGCGGCGUAUGCUAUACUGGUGAAUCUUCACCACAGAUUAGAUGACGUUGAAAAUUCAUCAGUCAGACCCUGUAGGUAGGAUGUGAUUCCUGUUAUGAUAGAGUGACAAAAGAGCAGGCUUUGUUACAUUUAAACUUACCACUUUUGUAACAAAGGGACUUUUGAAGUAGCCAACAGUUUUUGUAAAUGGCAUUGGGUGUUUGGAAGUUAACUUUUGUUUAAGGUCAGGCAAAUAAGUUAUUUUACAAAGAACACGACUGUUAGAAAUUGGUAAGUAAAAAGCUGAAGUCUUUGGGAAUUUUGCAAUGUAAUGUCUUUCAUUUGUUUUGGAAGUAUGACCUUUUUAUCCUGAACUACUUUAGUGGCUUGUAAGCCAGCUGUUUUAUUUUUAUAGUUUUAAAACUUCAGAAUCUUCAUAAAAACAUUCCUGCAUCUACUGUACAGAGCACAUUUUUAACAGUACAGCAUCUGGGAAGGUACUAUCUGGGUCCACCCUCUCUCAUGAGCUGCAAAUGUUAACGAUUUACUCUUUUUUUUUGUAAGCCUUGGUAAAUCUACAGCUUUGGAUCUACAGUUGUUUAUGGCCAUGUCACAGUAGGCGGACAAACUGCUGAGGCCAGGACUCAGUCUUACUUUUGAAACAAAAUGUGAAGAUGCACCAGUGUGCUUAGUAUGUAGCUCAAGUUGGGCUUCCCAAAAGGCAGACCAUGUAGAACAGAAUUCAGGCACCAUCACGGGUUUGCUUGCAAGUGAAAACAAGUGUGUUUACAAGGGGAAAGUCUUCAGGAAUGGUGAGAUGGCUAACGACACACAUAUCAAAACAAAUGAGUGAAAUCCUAAGUCUUUGUUAAAUUCCUCCUUGCUGUAGUAUAUAUUACCAAACACAGAAAACAGAUGCAGCUUUUCCUUAUGAUAUAGCCAUAGAAAUUCAUGUGAAGGUUAUGUUUCUAUUUAAAAACAGGGUUUGUAACACUUCUACUUGAAGUAACAGAUGCAUGUAUAGAACUUGUAAAAUUUCAGCAAAAAAAUGUAGUCCAGUGUUUAUGUAGUGAAUUCUUUAUGUCACAUGUAGCAAGUCAAAAAGGGGCUGUAGUACAUAAAGGUCCUCCCAGUGACCCAGCCAAGACAAGAGGAGGAUGAGCUGCACAAAGCAAAGGACAGACCAGUUUGUUUCCAGAGGAUCCACUCAGAAAUCCAAUCCAUCCGAGGCAGUGGAACAGUUCAAAGGUCACAUUUGGCUUUUUGCCUUGGCCCGGUUAUCUCUCUGCCUUGGGCAGCCCCCCUGACUCUCUCCAGGUGAUCUGCCUUUCUGUUCUACAUCAGUCACACCAGUAUUUUGUGCAUUUGCUUGUUGCUUAUCAGUCUAGCUCAUGUGUUUCUGUAGCUGACACUUCCACACACCUCCCCUUCUCUUUCACCUUUCCCCUUCUUUGGGCUUCAGCUAGGUAAAAGUUUCUGGCUUGAGCAGUCAACUUCAGCUCAUUUCAUACAGCUUCAUAUGAGCACAGUUUGGUCUAGAAUCAUUUUCUGAAAUGUGACACCUCAACCAGAGUGAUCUUGUAUAUGUGGGCAAGACCGAACUUGAUUGGACUUCUAUCAUAUUUACAAGCUGAUGAGGUAAAAUUUGUGGAUGCAGAAAGUCUGUAUGUAAGAGGAAAAAAAAUCCCCAAAUUAAGUCUCUAAAUGGAAACCUGAAGUUAUUAGCCAUUCAUAAAAUGGCAUAAAGAGAGCAGAAUAUUACAGCAUUAAAGCUGUAAUAUUCUUUUCCUGGAACUUGGCCAUUCACUAUUGUGUUCAGAUGUCAAAACUUCACCUGUCUUAAGAUCCAUGACAAGCCUUUAAACGUAUUCCCACAUAAAAGUAGUACAAGAGCAAUAGCUUCAAUUCCCUAAAAUAAUACCCAGCUAAAUUUGUGGUGCUGAAAUUCUUGACUGAUAGUUAGAAGCCUUUAUCUCCCUUGUACAUGGAAGUGUCCUUCUGCCUUUCAUAAUCACUUCUAUUCAAGAUCAGUUAACAACACAGUCUGUGCAUGUAUUUUUAUACGACUGCAUGGAUUAAUAACAUUCAACCCGUCUGACACCACCAUGCUGGACAAUGUCAGACUAAACAGAUACUCUCCAUCUGAAAUUCAUGCUUGGCUCCAGAUAAGUAGAAGGCUUGAACAGAGCGAGACAAAAUGCCUGUGCUUAUUUUCCUUUUCAAAUUAUUUCUUGGAGUUUAAUUCUCUGUAAAAGUGGUUCAAGGGAUGUUCCCAGAAGGUAAAGGAAAAUGAAGAAACUUCUUCAAAAGUAAAAUUGCAUGCUUCUACUUGACUGGUUGAUAACUUAAAUUCUGAAAAGUACAUCUAAACCCUGGUAAUUCCUGGGUUUGCUGGGGUUCAUGUGGUGUUCCCUCAUGUGAAUAGAACAAGGAAAUUUCCUGCCCAACUUGUACAGUACAGCUGGUCACAGGCAUGUGUAUGAAGCCUUUUCUUUCGCAUAGCACCAUCGUCCUAUUGAACCAUGACAUGUAGCUGAUCUUGAAUGUUACUCAAGACCAAGCUCUGCACAUAGUUAGAGAAAUUGAUUGUACAGUUUACAGAUGUUUGAGAGCUUUGGCCUCCUACUGGUUUUUUAAAGUUUAAAACAGCACUUCUUUUCACAUUUGAUUGACAAAUCUUUUGUUUGGGUUUUUUUUUCCUUGUACAGGAAAUAUUUUCGGAAUUUCUUGCCAUGUGGAUUUGAUGUUUUGGUUUGGGGUUUUUUUUUCAAAUGCACUCUAAGCCUUUAAUUUGCCAUUUAGGUACAGAUUGCCUAGUUAGGUACAGAUGACAGUACGAGAAUGUAAAUAUGCCAUCUGAAAUGCAGCAAGUAUCAGUUUCCGCAGGAGGUGAUGUUUCUUGCAUUUCACAUGUUGAUUCCUUUUCAAUAAUUGACAUUACUUAAUGAGGGUAGAACUUGGUUGUACCCCCCACCCUCACUUAAAUCUCAAAUUACUUGAAAGGUUAUCCCAUAAACUAUAGUGAUGGUGGUUUCUUCUUUUUUUGUUUCUUUGUUGCCCUCUUGUGCCUUUGGCUUUUUCUUUUCUUGAUCGACUGGUGUUUAUGAAAACAGACCUUGGGUUCAGUGUUUUGUAAAGGCUACUACUUCGCCUCUGUUUGUGUAAAUAGUACAUAACAAGGAUUCUGUACAUCUUUAAGUUUUAAUUAUUGUUAUUUCAAAUAUUAUUUCAAGGAUAUUCUCAAAUCGCAGAAGAUUCAGCGGAUAUUGUAAACAGUGCCUUCUUGAGGGGUUUCUUGCCGAGCCAUGUAAAGAAUUGUGAAGUCUGUGCCAUAUGUAACAUCUCAACUUUUUGCGGGGGCUGUUGUGUUUGAAAACUAACUAUCUUUCUUCGUCAGGCUCGGGCCGGGGGAGGCGGUAAAUACCGACUAUUCAGAGACAGUAAAUAAAACACAUUAAAUGUC